AUGAAGUGGACGAGUCUUUCCCACUGGCUAGCUGCUACAAGCCUCCUGAGUUCUGUGCAUGGGCAAAACGAGUGGCCCGUACACGAUAAUGGGUUGAACGAAGUGGUGCAAUGGGAUCAUUAUAGUGUCCUAGUCAACGGCCAAAGGUUUUUCUUCUGGACCGGAGAGCUCCACCAAUGGCGGAUUCCAGUCCCGGAGCUUUGGGAAGAUAUUCUCCAGAAACUGAAGGCCGCUGGAUUUAAUGGAAUCGCCAUCUAUGAGCACUGGGGCUGGCAUGCACCAAACAACGAAACACUUGACUUUACCUCAGGUGCUCAUAACUUCCUACCCAUUUUCGAUCUUGCGAAGAAGAUUGGCUUGUACGUUGUCUACCGCCCAGGGCCUUACAGCAAUGCUGAGUCUAACGGCGGAGGACUUCCCGGCUGGCUUACGACUGGAGAGUAUGGCGCUUUGCGUGAUCCGGAUCCGAGAUAUACAGCAGAAUGGUCAAGAUACUGGGAACAAGUUGCCGACCUCGUGAAACCACACUUGGUUACGAACGGAGGUCCUGUGAUCAUGUGGCAAUUGGAGAACGAAUAUGGGCAUCAGUUCCUCGAUCCCGAUCUUAAAACGCCCAACCAGUCUGCCAUCGACUACAUGGAAACUCUGAACGACUACACUCGCGGAUGGGGUAUUGACGUUCCGUUCACCGCUAACAAUCCAAACAUGUGGACAAGGGCUUGGUCUAAGGAUUAUAGCAAUGUCGGGGGCGAAGUAGACAUGUAUGAUAUCUCCCCCACUCAGCCUUCUUUCCUAAUGGAGUUUCAAGGAGGUGCAUACAAUCCAUGGGACGGCCCAGCAGGUGGUUGCCUCGAAAAUAUGGACGCCACUUGGGUCAAUUUGUUCUUUCGGCACAAUAUUGCCCAAAAGGUGGUCGCGGUUAAUGUCUACAUGGCUUACGGCGGCACUAACUGGGGCAACAUCGCUUACCCUUCAGUAGGCACGAGCUACGACUACAGCGCCCCGGUCCACGAAAAUCGGCUGAUUGGAGACAAAUACUCCGAGACGAAAUUGUUUGGACUUUUUAUGAGAGUCGCACGCGAUUAUGCAAAGGUUAAUCGUGUUGGCCUCAGUACCGCCUACUCGACGGAUCCAAGCAUCUUUACCACCGAGCUGAGAAAUCCGGACACCAAUGGCGCCUUUUACGUUGUUCGCCAUGAUUACUCUCCAUCCAAGGAGAUUACCCAGUUCCGUUUACACGUAACAACGAGUAUUGGCAACCAAACCGUGCCGCAGCAUGGAAACAUCACAUUGAACGGCACCGAGUCCAAGAUUCUCGUAACAGACUUUCCUAUUGGCUCUUCGGGGAAAAAGCUUGUCUACUCGACUGCUGAGAUUCUUACUAUCUCGGACCUUCAUGAUAGGCAGGUGAUAGUUUUCUGGGCGCCUUCCGGUGAAACGGGAGAACUUCUACUUAAAGGGGCCAAAGAGGUAGAAGUCAAGAGUGGCCAAGACAUCACUUUCCAGACUUCUACUCCAGAUGGGCUCGUUGUGGCCUUCAAUGUUGGCGAGACCCCUGGAGUCUUGGAAUUCGACAACGGCGUGCAGGCAGUUAUUGUAGACCGACAGACUGCCUACCGCUUCUGGGCCCCUACUCUGGAAAGUAAUCCAUUUGCUUGGGAGAACCAAACAGUUAUUGUCAAUGGACCGGACUUGAUCCGCGAUGCCAAAAUAGAAGAAGAUGUGCUUUACCUCCAUGGUGAUUGGUCAAUCCAACGCGACGUUGAAAUUUGGGCACCUUCGACAGUCAAGAAAGUACACUUCAACGACAAGGAGAUCAAAGUUGAAGAAACGAAUUACAACAGUUUGGCAGGCGUGCUCGAAGAAGCUGAGGCUACCAUUGAAAGCGUCCAGGCCUCUCUACCAGGCCUGACAGAAUGGAAAGUAGCUGAUGGCCUGCCCGAAGCAGCUUUAGACUACGAUGACUCUCGAUGGACUGAUGCUGAUCAUAUGACGACUUCCCAUCCUGUUCCGCCUGAUACAUACCCAGUUCUGUUCGCAGAUGAAUAUGGAUACCAAGCAGGCAACCUCCUAUGGCGCGGGCGAUUUGAUGCCACCGGUACAGAGGUCCCAUCAGCAGUAUAUCUUCGGGUCAUUGGAGGUCUAGGAUUUGGCUGGUCAGCCUAUCUAAACGGAAAUUUCUUGGGAGCAUGGCAAGGAGGCAUGAAGAAUAAAACUGGCGAUCUAACGUUGGAGUUCCGUAAUACAACACUUCAUAAAGACCAAGAGAACGUCAUCUUGGUUAUUCAAGAUACAAUGGGAAAGGAGCAGCGAGAAGGCGCACUGGACCCCCGCGGAAUUCUAAAUGCGACAUUGAUCACCGCAGCAGGAUCGCCGAAGAACUUCACAUCCUGGAAAAUUGCAGGUAACGCAGGGGGAAACCAUCUCCUUGAUCCUAUUAAAGGAACAUACAACGAAGGUGGUCUGCAUGCAGAACGCCUCGGCUGGCAUCUUCCAGGGUUCGAUGAUAGCAAUUGGGAACUCGGCCAGCCAAGUGACGGUUUCAAGGGCGCAACUGCACGUUUCUAUCGUACAGUGGUGCCACUCCAUCUACCCAAAGGUUACGAUAUCAGCUUGGCAUUCGAGCUAAAUCAUCCUACACGUGCAAAGCUUAGGGCACAGCUCUAUGUCAAUGGAUAUCAAUUCGGAAGAAUCAUUCCCUUCUUUGGCAACCAAAUCGAAUUUCCAGUAUUCCCAGGGAUCCUGGAUUAUGAUGGCGACAAUACUAUCGGACUUAGCAUUUGGGCCCUGGACGAGGCUGGCGGUGCUGUCGAUAUACAAUUGAAGGUCUUGGGCGUUCACCGCUCGUCCCUCGAUGUUUUCUUUGAUGGGGAAUAUUUGAGACCCAAAUGGACAGACCGCAGCGAGUAUGCCUAAUUCCAU